CGCCUGCCUCACUCUGUCGUCCGUCGGCCCGACAGUAUCUCAGUUGAGUCACAAUGGCGCUCAUUGACGCCUUGGUUACUGUAGCUCUCAGUGUUGUAUUACCACCCUUCUUAAUUGUUCUCGUGUCAGUGCUCGUUCUGGCCAGCUUAGGGAAAUCGCUAGGCCUCCGACAAAGAUAUGUGCAGUUCUUGUUGAAGGUGUUUGAGGAUGGCAACAGGAUUCUAGUUAAAAAGUUUGGUCGGCAACGGCUAGCUAAGGAUUAUGGCAGGCACAGUGAAGACACAGAUGAUGACGAUGACGAUCAGGAGUCUACACAGGUGAUAUGCCGAGAUAAACUUGUCCUCCGACCUCUGCUGGACAAAGACAAUAAUGAGAGGUUGGACACUCACGACUUUGAACUGGGUGAUUGUCUUGACUACAUUCACACUGGUAUGGAAGCCAUUGUGGAUGAUGAAGUUACUAAAAGGUUUUCUGCAGAGGAACUUACAUCAUGGAACUUUCUAACGCGAACCAACUGCCAGUAUGAAUUCAUCAGUGUACGAUUAACAAUCUUCUGGGUCGUCGGCUUUAUCCUGCGUUACUGUCUCCUUUUGCCUCUUCGUAUUCUCAUUUUACUCAUUGGGGUGGUGCAGAUGGUGUCGAUGACGUUAAUAGUUGGAUUGUUCCCUGAUGGUGCACUGAAGCGUCUGAUGAGCAAAUACUUAUUUCUUGUAUGUUUUCGAGUCAUAUCUCGUGGGUUUAGUGGUGUCAUUACCUACCACAACUGCCACAAUAAGCCACGAUCAGAUGGAAUAUGUGCUGCCAACCAUACAACUCCAGUUGAUUGUGUAGUGUUGGCAUGUGACAACUGCUACUCUUAUGUGGGCCAGAGGCAUGGGGGUUUCCUGGGAAUUUUCCAGCGAGCCUUAUCACGGGCAUCAGCUCACAUCUGGUUUGAGCGUUCAGAAUCCAAAGACCGGUUUGCUGUUGCCAGAAGAUUGAGAGAACAUGUUGAAGAUCCAGAUAAACUUCCCAUACUUAUAUUUCCUGAAGGUACAUGUAUCAACAACACAUCUGUUAUGCAGUUUAAGAAAGGAACAUUUGAAGUGGGAGGAGUCAUCUACCCUGUGGCCAUCAAGUAUGAUCCUAGGUUUGGGGAUGCAUUCUGGAACUCCUCUAAGGAGUCAAUGGUGAGCUAUAUUUAUAUGAUGAUGACUUCCUGGGCAAUUGUGUGUGAUGUUUGGUAUCUACCUCCAAUGACAAGAACAGAAGACGAAAGUUCAAUUGACUUUGCCAAUCGAGUAAAAGCUGAAAUUGCUCGUCAGGGAGGUCUUGUUGACCUAGUUUGGGAUGGUGGGUUGAAACGAUCAGCACCAAAGAAGGAAUGGAAGCAACAGUAUCAGCAGGAGUUUUCACGGCGCCUUAAAGUUCAAAAUGUAAACUCCGAGAAGAAAGAAGAAAAGACUGAAUGACUAGGGGAGAAUGAAGAGAAAAAGAAAGUUAAGUGAACAAAGUGAGAAAAAUAGUGUGUGGAUAAUACUACAUAAACAAAAGGCUUAUACAGUAAUGUUUAUGAACCACCAUGAUGUAUACUCCAGCAACUCCUCAUAAUGUUAGAGUUGCUGAAGCUUAUUGUUAGAACCCCUCCUAAGUGUGUCUGUCAAAUAUACUAUAAAAGGGAACUUGGUCUUAGAAAAAAAUGGGUUUGGUGAAUGUAGUAAUAUAAUUGUAAAAGUGAAUUCCUUUCAAAUCGUAUUGUAAAAAAAAAAAAAUACAAUAGAGAUUUUAUAGAAGAUGAAUUUGACAACUAUUAUACUGU